GCUCAGUCAACUUUUGGAAGUCGAAGGAGACGCUUCUGUUUACCACGAGCGGCUCUCGACACGCUGUAAUAUUUCUUCUUUUUUUAAAUCUGGACAUUUCUACCACAUUCUUCCGACACGGAGGAUACGAACAAGUGACCCGGAAAGCGACCUACGAGCUGUCGCUUUAAAGCGAACGCCUCCCCUUCCCCCCCACCCCAAACACUAAAGCACCCCCACCCCUGACGACCAGCCGGAUAUCAUGGAUGGAUUCUAUGACCAGCAAGUCCCAUUUAUGGUCCCACCCAGCCAGCACAAGUCGCACGUGGAGGAACCAUCUCACAGCAGGCCUCUGAGCGAUAGGAAGAGGAAGUUUGUGGACACAGAGCUCGCCCAGGACACAGAAGAACUCUUCCAAGACCUCAGUCAGCUACAAGAGAUCUGGAUCGCAGAAGCCCAGGUGCCUGAUGACGAGCAGUUUGUCCCGGAUUUCCAGUCGGACAGCUUGAUGUUUCAUGGCCCGCCGCCGACCAAGAUCAAACGAGAGCUGACCCCCCCCAAAGAGCUGUCCCCCUGUCGCCAGGACAGGAGUCCCAUGUCCUACGGGGAGAAGUGCCUUUACAGCUACAGUGCCUGUGACAGGAAGCCCGCCCCCGGGUUCAAGCCAUUAACCCCCCCCUCCACGCCGGUCUCCCCCUGCGGCCCCGCCAGCACAGCAGCAACGCACACGCUCAACGGGCAGGCGUCCCCCCCGCCGCCCCAUGUAGCCAGCGCAGGCCCACGUUCAGUUCAGCAGCCUCCCAAACAGCGGGGAGUCCCGGUCCACAGCCCCCCCUUCGCCGUGCCCGGCGCCCCCCUCAGCCAGGAUGCGAACGGCUUCUCACCUGAGCACAGGUUCCAGAGACAGAUGUCGGAGCCGUGUCUACCGUUCCCCCCCUCUGAGAGUCAAGGCCGCCCCCAGUUCCUGCCGCAGCCCCCCAGCAGCCUGCCCCGCGAUGGCCGGCCCCCGUACCAGAGGCAGAUGUCGGAGCCGCUGGUGGCCGCGCCUCCCCAGGGCUUCAAACAGGAGCUCAUCGACCCGCGGUACAGCGAGCAGGGCGUCCCCGCCAUGGGGCCCCUCUGCCCCCCGCCGGGCCCCCCGCGGCAGGCCGCCUUCCACCCCCUGGCCAUCAAGCAGGAGCCUCGCGACUUCUGUUUCGACUCCGAAGUGCCUAACUGUCAGUCAUCGUUCGGGAGAGCGGGGAGCUUCUACCAAAAUAACCAUGAAAGCUUCUCCUUCGACCGAGACCCUCAGCUGUAUUUCGACGACACCUGCGUGGUUCCUGAACGAUUAGAAGGUAAAAUCAAACAGGAACCCUCUGUGUACCGCGACGGGCCUCCGUACCAGCGCCGGGGCUCGCUGCAGCUCUGGCAGUUCCUGGUCACGCUGCUGGACGACCCCGCCAACGGCCACUUCAUCGCCUGGACCGGCCGCGGGAUGGAGUUCAAACUCAUCGAGCCCGAGGAGGUGGCCCGUCGUUGGGGCAUCCAGAAGAACCGACCGGCCAUGAACUACGACAAGCUGAGCCGCUCGCUGCGCUACUACUACGAGAAGGGCAUCAUGCAAAAGGUGGCAGGUGAGAGGUACGUGUACAAGUUUGUGUGCGACCCCGAAGCCCUGUUUUCCAUGGCGUUCCCCGACAACCAGCGGCCCAACCUGAAGGCCGACCCGGACGGCCUGCCCGGCCUGGACGACGACACGGUGCCCCUCACCCACUACGACGACGGCGGCCCCUACCUGCUGGACGCCGUGGAGCAGGGCGCGGCGGGCCUGCCCUUCCCCGACGGCUACGGCUACUAAACGCGCCGCCAAUGUCCUGGAUGCACAACACACACUUAACAUGCAAUCAAUCCCAAAGUCUCUCCCGAUGCCCACUCGUAAAGUCCAGAGCUGGAAUCGCCGGGCUUCCCGGCAGAGGAGCCGACCUCCGCUCCUUCACGGUUUCCUCUGCCGCUCCCCGGAAAUCCCCCCAGAAAACCCGCCGAAGGAGGGACGAAACCCGCGGCGGCGGUGGCUGCACUGCGAGGACGGGGUCGGGGAACACGAGACGAUGGGCUGGACUCUGCAUCUCCAGAGGUUCCCCAAGCAAGGAGGCGGUCCUGCCGCUGCUGUGGAGACCGACAGAAACAGACUGAAAGACCCCCCCCCCCACCGCCGCCCUCAAAUGUACAAGACUGCAAGAGUUGUGACGUGUCCGAUUUUGUGACAAUCUCCUUUUUCUCAGAAACAAUCAGUUCAGAAACACCUUUAAAGUCGAGUGAGAUAUUUGAAACGCGGCACUAUUCUGUCUAGAGUUGCCUUCUCGGGUCUCCCCAUGUUCACGCCGCCACAUCUGACCCACAAGAUCCGUGAAAGGGCUUUAAUUUGCAUCAAAGCGGAUUCACAAAAACAUGCAACUUACUAGCAACACACAGAUGAGUUCGUUUCUGUAGAUAGGACGACAUGUUUUGUUUGUUUUUUAUUACACAUGCCAGCGGUUUUCUUAUUUUUGUUUUGUUAGUUUUUUUUCCUGGAACCCUCGGGUUUGAGGGCCGUUGCUGUAUUUCAGGCUCCUUCCUUGUGAGAAUGUCGUUUUAAUCCCGAGUGAGAGAUUUGUGCGCUCCCCGCGAGCGUCGUCGAGGCGCUCCAGCUCCUCCGAACACGGCGGCGGCGGCUGCUGCUCCAGAAGCCCGACGAGUCGUCGCGUUUGAGAAACGGUCACUUUUUGUUUUAUUUUGUUUAGUUUUGUAUUGGGUCUUGGUGCUUGACGUGUCCUAGACAGUGUGCUCGUCCCUGACGCACCAGUAUGGCAGGAGCAUCGGGAUGUGCUGCAUGCAAACACAAGCCAAGAGGUGAAGCGGGUUCGCCGUGGAAACCCGUCAAUCACGAGCCGUCGGCCGCAGACCUCCGCCUCUCUGCAUGCUGUAAUCAUCAGACAUAUCGCUUUACUGUCUUAUGGACAAAGAUGUUGUUCUCUGCAUCUUUUUGUUUUCUCCUGUGUUCAUUAUACUUCUGAAUGGGGGCAAACAGACUCGUAUAAAAGUAUAUAUUUUUGCUAUAAGGCUGCGUUUUGUUUUAAAUUUAAUGUAUAUGCUGUGUGGUUCACGUUCCUUUUUUGAAAACGCUCUCAUGUCCUCGUGAUGCGACCACUGCAGGCCGGCUCUCUCCGAGGGUCUGCUCCAGGUUGGAGUGUGUGUACGAGUGUGUGAGGGUGUGUGUGUGUGUGUGUGUGUGUGUGUGUGUUUGUGUGUUUGUGUGCCUGUGCGUGAAGAAGACCUCCAGCCUGGACGCUAACGUGGUCUGCAUUUGUACAGGCUUCAGUUCCUCACAAUGUGUUUCUUACACUGCUGAUUUUAUGAUAACCUGAACUGGGUACAAUAAACAGUCCUGAAUGCUUCA